AUGGCUACGAUGAAUUAUUGUUUAACUGUUUGUCGUGCAGCUGAAGAAAAACAUAAACAAAAAAUUCAAGGAAAUUCAACAAAACCGAUUGAUAUUCCUAAAUCGACUUCAGAUAAAAAUGGUAUUCAAUUGUUCCGACGUUUUUUUUCACUUGGUUCUGAACCAAAUACAUCAACAUCAUUCGUUAGUAAUCCAAUUAUAUUCAAAUCAAUGAGCUUUGCCGAUAUUGAUGAAAACUGA